AUGGAGUGCAGGAAGUUCCUGAUUACCCUUCGUUCAGCUCAAGAUCUUGUGGACGUCCGAGAAAGAUUCAGAAUGAAAGUUUACGCCCAGAUUUCAUUCGCUGGCGAUUCCAGAACAAAGAGAAAAACCCCAGUGGACAAAAAAGGGAAGACCGACCCCGCAUGGAACUUCACCACUGGAUUCACAAUAGGCAAUGAGGCAAUUGAAUACCAAGGCGUCAUGCUUGUCAUCAAGCUAUACUGCAGCCGGACCCUAGGAGACCGGUACGUCGGUGAAGUGAGAGUAUCUUUCAAGGACCUGUUUGAUGGUGCCGCGCCCACCAGCCAAGGCCGCAGAAGCGGUAUUGUGAGUUACCCAGUGAUGAGAGGUACAGCGGAUUCACAGGGGCUGUUGAACUUUUCAUACUCUUUCGGUGGUAUAGUGAUGGUUAAGAAACCAUCUCAUGUCUCGGCCAGAUAUUUGGCGGUUGCUGGUAUCGUUAUUGUGAGAGUGGUUUUAGAGGUUGCCCUAGGAACAAGCCUCAAUCUCGAGAUUCCAUUCUUUGGAGAAGAUGUUCCAAUUGAACUAUGUGAAAGUGUAUGA